AGCGACGUAAAGCCCAUUUCACGUAGAAAGCCCAGAUGACAAUUUUCUCUCUCCUUAUGUUUAAGAAGUUAAAAAUCCAGUCUUUCCACUCCAAAAAACAAAAUGUGACCUAAAAGUUAAAAUGCUUACUCAUCUGCUCAAAGCUAACAACUUUCAUCUCCGUCGUCUCCAGCCACCGCAACCCCACCGCAAUUUCACAGCCACCCCACAAUCGCAAUCACCGGAAGCCAGCGGUCUGGCCUCUCUUAUUCUCAAUUCGUCAAACCCAGAAACUCUAGCCCGUUCCCUUCACUCUCCUACCAUUCAGUGGACUCCACAGCUAGUAAACACAGUCCUUAAACGCCUAUGGAACCAUGGCCCAAAGGCCCUUCAUUUCUUUAACCUCCUUAGCCACCACCCUUUCUAUUGCCACCACGCUUCCUCCUUCGACCACGCCAUUGACAUUGCCGCCCGCCUCCGCGAUUAUAGGAACCUCUGGCGUCUCGUUUCUCGAAUGCGCGCCUGCCGCGUUGGCCCCUCCCCUAAAACCUUCGCAAUCAUCGCCGAAAGGUAUGCGGCUGCCGGGAAACCCCAUAGAGCUGUAAAGCUUUUUAUGUCUAUGCAUGAAUAUGGAUGCUUUCAAGAUCUUUCCUCGUUUAAUACGAUUCUUGAUGUGUUAUGUAAGUCUAAAAGAGUAGAAAUGGCUUAUAAUUUGUUUAAGGUUUUAAGGGGUAGAUUUAAGGCUGAUUGUAUUAGUUAUAAUAUAAUUGUAUAUGGUUGGUGCUUGAUCAAAAGGACACCAAAAGCAUUAGAAUUAUUAAAGGAGAUGGUGGAGAGAAGAGUGACACCAAAUUUGACUACUUACAACAUAAUGCUUAAUGGUUAUUUUAAAGCAGGUCAAGUCAAUGAAGGUUGGAAUUUCUUUUUGGAAAUGAAGAGGAGGAAAUUGGAGAUUGAUGUUGUUACUUACACUAGUGUGAUUCAUGGACUUGGUACUGUCGGUGAGAUUAAGCGAGCUCAAAAGGUUUUUGAUCAGAUGAUUAAAGAAGGGGUGCUUCCUUCUGUGGCUACUUAUAAUGCUUUAAUUCAAGUUCUAUGUAAGAAGGAUAGUGUAGAGAAUGCUAUAUUGGUUUUUGAUGACAUGGUGAAAAAGGGUUAUGUCCCUAAUUCAGUAACAUAUAAUUUGGUGAUUAGAGGAUUGUGUCAUGUAGGUGAAAUGCAGAGGGCAAUGGAAUUUAUGGAAAGAAUGAAAGAUGAUGAAUGCGAACCAAAUGUUCAAACAUACAAUAUUUUGAUUACAUACUUUUGUGAUGCAGGAGAAAUUGAAAAGGGGUUAGAUUUGUUUCAGAAGAUGAAUAGUGGGAAUUGCUUGCCAAAUUUGGACACUUAUAAUGUGCUUAUAAGUGCAAUGUUUGUGAGGAAAAAAUCGGAUGAUCUCUUGGUGGCAGGGAAGUUGUUGGUUGAGAUGGUUGAUAGAGGAUUUCUACCUCAGAAACUUACUUUCAACCGUGUGCUUGAUGGGCUUUUAUUAACUGGUAACCAAACUUUUGCUAAAGAGAUUCUGAGUUUACAGAGUAGAUUUGGUCGUCUUCCACGAAAAUUCAAAUUAUGAAGCGUUUUGGAAUUCAAAUUAGCUCUUAAAUUAUAGAAUGUUCCCCCACCCUGCUCCUUCCCCCUCCCCUGGGGCUUCAUGCUACCUCGCCCAGCUACAGUUUCUAAGACUGGACAUUGGAUAUUUGAAGAGAAUGUUGCAUCUUUAUGAAUUUCCGGAACCAACAAAUCUUAAGUAUUUGGAAAUAAAGGAAGCACACCUCCUAAUUUUAGUCUCCUUCUGUCAACUCCUUUUAUAGAAGGAUCUCCAUACUUGGAGAGAUUUAUGUUGCAGCAUCAGGUUAAACAUAUUGGAGAAUUGAACAAACCUUUUGUCAAGCAACUGCACACAAGCCCUGGUCUACAGUUACAUGUGCACUCACCUGUUUUACGUGAUAUUGUUCAACUCUUCAAUGUAGUAAUUUCAUCUGCAUGGGCAUGGUAUACGAUCUGCUUUGCAAGAGCUAAAAAAGCAACAAUUAGGAGUCUUGCUAAGAACCGUGGACUCCACCGCCAUUUGUUUUAGAAGACUUGGUAUCAACAAUAAAGAAAACGAUGAAGCUUGAGGCUCAUUUAAGAAAAGCACAGGCAGAGAGAGAGAGAGAGAGUCAUGGGGAAGACGAGAAAAUGAAGCAAUGGUAAUAUAUCUAAGCAACACCUUGAACAAGUUAGAGAGAGAUUGGUUUUGGAAAACAAGAUUGGCCAAGUUAUAGAGUGGUGUUGCGGUUGGUGCGAGAGGGGAAAAAGAAAGAAGAUGCGGAGUACUGCUGCUAUGGCCAAAACGAAAUUUUUGUUUUUCCUUUAUGUGUCGUUUCGUUCUUAUUUAAUCCAAGUUUAAUUACGGAGUUCAUCGUUUUGUUCUUAUUUAACUGAGUUUGGAUUAAGUUAGUCCAAGUUUAGUGAUGAAGGAGUUCAUCUUUUCGUUUAUGAUAA